AGCAACCAGAAUUUGACUGCUCAAGUGUUAUUGUUCAUCAAAAGUAAAUCCGGAAGCUGAUGGACAGCUUAUGUUUAUCAUUGGAUAAGUUAUAUGUUCAUGUACAUAUAAGAAGUUCGUGUGUAAAGUAAUGAUUCGAAAUAAUGUUAUUUUUUCAAAUAUUAAUCGCUGCACACGCUUUUUUUGUGUUUUUACAUGUAAUUAGAACAUCAGGAAGUGUAAAUUCGAAACAAGUGAAUACAAUGACAUAGCUCUCAGAAACAAGGAUUUAUUUUGAAAUGUGCUUCAAAAUAUGAAGUGCAAGCUUCUCCUUUGAAAUGUUUGCACUAAUACUUAAAACAUUUUCCUCAAGUGACAUGAGCUUGCUGCAACUUGCACAGUCAUGGUAUGGAUAGUUACACAACAGUUUAAUUGUUGAUCUGAGAGAGAGAGGGGAAAACUCGUUUCUAAAGUGGUGAUUUUGUACGCAAAACAUCAUAUAUAACAAUGGAACAACACACAACAACAAUUAACACCACUGUUGUUGAUAUGGAGAGUGAAAAAUGGAAUGAAACGUUUGAUGCAUCUCAUCAAUGGCAAAACCAAAAAAUUGGAGAGCUCAACACAAAGGAAGUUACGAGACUUAUACCUUUAAUUGUAUUCCUGCUCCUUAUUGCAGUCACAGGAAUAGUCGGGAACGGACUGGUUUGCUACAUCUACCGUUCCCAAUACUCUGUGUCCAGCUCCAGAUGGUUUAUCUUCUUUCUGGCAGUUGUGGAUCUACUAAUGUGUAUUUUAAUCAUCCCAUGCGAAAUUGGAACACUCAUGUACCAGUUUAACUUUUCCAACGCGGUGUACUGUAAGAUCUCUGUGUUCUUCAACCUCUGGUCAUUGUUGACCCUUGGAUUAACCUUGUUGGUGGUUUCUGUGGACAGAUUUAGAAAGGUGUGUAAACCGCUUGGCUGGCAGAUAAACUCCCGUAAGGCAAGGAUUCUCUGUAUAAUCGCCAUUUGUGCCUCGUUUGUACUCUCCUUGCCAGCGCUCAGUAUCUAUGGUAUUUACGAAAUUGAAUUUGAAGAGCAUAAUGUUGUAGGCAAGGAAUGCUCUUUCAGAGACAGCUCAGGGGACAGUAUUUCAGCGACACUGUAUAUUAUGUUUGGAAUGGCAAUGUUUAUAAGCGCGCUGGUGUCCAUAUGUGUAUUGUACUGUUUCAUUGGUAAAGAAAUCAAGCAUCACAUUGAUAAGGAAAGAGUUAAGAGACACAUCAGCUUAACUGCGUCUAUGGCGAGAAAAAGCCGCAUCUUACAGCCGAUUAAAAAUUCAGUGAGCUUGCCAGAUCUUAUGAAAUCCAAAAGGGUUCGUUUCGGUGGUGAUACAAACGCUGUGAGGCCUAAGAAAUCUGUGAACUUCGAUGACAAUGUUUUAGUUAACAUUAACAAAAGCCCACGGAUAACUCAAAAUAAAAAUCGAGUGAACAGGAGUACAGAGUCAUUGGACAAUGUUGGGGUGACGUCAGAUGGUACUUCAAUUGAGGAAUCAUCGAGUAACAAUGUAUUAUAUACAGACGAAGGGUCGAUGGAUUUUGACGCCCCAACACGGCCUAUUACACGACGAGAGAAGACGAAAUCGAAGCGCAUUCGACGCGCUCGAGCAAAGAAAGCCACCUUUAGCAUGUUUCUCAUUUCCAUAGCGUUCGUGUUAAGCUAUUGUCCAUUUCUUUGUCUGCUAUUGGCUAGAAGCGUCAUGACAAAUUUGGAUGAAUCACUGUCAGAUGCUAGUCGAGCGGUGUACAAGUUCUUCCUGCGGUCGUAUUUUCUGAACUGUGCAAUUAAUCCAUUCAUAUAUGGGAUGUCUGACUCGAAAUUUAGAGAGAGUUGCAGUAAGGUCGUGCAGAAUGUGAUCGAUCGAUUGAAAUGUUCGAAGAGGAUGGAUUUUACAUAGUUGAUAUACACUUGUUAAAACUGAUGUAUGUGUUUGUGUUUUCCCCCUCUUUGUUCAAAUCAAAUAUUGCUUACCAUUUUGGUUAUAAUUUGAGAUUAUUUAAAUUAUUUCGAUUUAGUAUGUACGUUGCUGUGGUUUAUUUUUAUCAUUGAAAUGAAAAUGAUAUUUUACUAUUUCCACUGGUAAAAUCUCAAUUUUAAUUAGGGAUAUAAACGAUUGGCAAAAUUGAUAUUCGAAUAUUCGGUAAUUCUUUCGAUCGAAUAUUCGAUUACCGAAAUACAUAUUUUGGAAGAUGUAAUAAGCUACUAUUAAUAUUCGCUUAAGUAAUAGCCGGGGCAAUUUGACCCUAUUUGUCGUAGAGGCGGACCCCGAUUUCCCCCAAAUAAGCAUUUUUCAGGAAGAAAAACAACAACAUUAUAAACAGACAAACAACACAAUCGAAUAAUUUCAAUUCCGCUGCCUUUAUAUAAACAAUGUGAAAUAGAUGGAUUCCUAGUCAAAUAGCGCUUUGCACCAACGGAGGAUCUUUCCGUAGGACAAGCAACCUCGUUCUGAGAUUGAUCUCUAAUUGACUAAAUAUAACUAUGGAAACCUCAAACCAACUCGGGAACUAGUAAAAUAAUAAAACGAAAACAUAUCUGGAUUUGACUCACCCAGUGUUCAACAAUAGAGGAAAUGUAUCCAAAAACGCCAUACUAUACAUUUACAUUUCAAAGCACGAACAUUGUAUCGGACCAUGGAAAACAAUUUAAAGCACAUAUUAUUGUAGCACAUGGCAUUCAUAUCAUCACGGCGAUUUGAGCUAUGUUGCCCAGCUUAAUUUGCAGCCAAGACAAAACAUUGGUGUUAAAGCCGAUUCCUAGUCCGUUAUUGUAAAAGUAAGGGGACUUUUUACAGUACCCGUUGACGAUAUGUCCCUUAAUGACAUAUGAUACGUGUUUAGUGUAUUGUCAUCACAUUCACACCUCUGGCAUUAGGGGCCAGUCGUUGUAAAAACUAAACAAACAAACUUUAUAAACAAAAGCAGUGUUGUACGCAAAAGUUUUUUAAUAUUCCUUAUUGAGAAUUCAGUAUCAUUACCCCUUUUUCCGAAUAUUCGAAUACCGAUUUUGACAUUCGAAUACCAAACGUUUGAUCGAAUAUUCGAAUAUUCGUUUGCAUCCCUAAAAUAAACAUUUAAAUCACAAAAUUAAAUAUUUUCUGUAUUUAGCUUUCGUCUCAAGAUUGAAACUGAUUGCGAGUUUGUUUUUGUUAUUAUUCUAGCUGACCUGAGCGCAAAAUGUUCAGAGUGUGCAUUUAGGUCGUCGUACGUCGAUAUUUGGCUUCAAACGACAUUUCAUCUUAAACCAACUUUCUCAGGAGAGGUACUGGGAUAGUGUCCAUUGAAAAGGGUUAAUAGAAAUAUAAUUUUCUUAGUUUGAAUGAAAUGAGUAAGAAGAAAAUUAAUUUCCCUUUAUUGAAAGUAAUGUCCGAUAGGUGGGGUGCUUAGUUUCAAGUUGCACGAGGAGUUUUGGCGCUGAAAGUCAUUCAGUUUUGGACAUUUGACUGAGUAUCAGCGUUUUGUUUAAGUUGAAAUUUCAUAAUAAUACUGAUAACAUUACGAGGAUAAUCACUGAUGGAUCUGAUAUGUGUGUAAAAAUAUUUACCAUUUUCUUACAUAUAGUGUUACUUAAUGAUAUAAUCGAGUGACUUGAUAAAAUAUGUUAUAUUCAAUUGUAUAAGUAAUGUUGUAUGUUAUGAUCUACAUCAGUCAAUGCCCAAGUGCUCUACUGCCUUUCAAUAUUUGAAAUAAUUGAAAUUUUGAAACGAUA